GCUGUGGGCCAGAUGGAGGCUAACCGGCAGAGUGCUUUCGUCCUGGGCAGCACCCCGCUGGCGGCGUUGCACAACAUGACCGAGAUGAAGACGUCCCUCUUCCCGUACGGGCUGCAGCACAGCCCGGCGGGCUUCAAGGCGCCGUCGCUGUCCAGCCUCAACUCGCAGCUGUUGAGCGGGGCCACCCCGCACGGAAUAAGCGACAUCCUGGGCAGACCCAUCACCAGCGCCGGCCAGCUGCUCUCCGCCGGCUUCCCCAGGAUCAACGGCAUCAACGGGCUGGCCGGCACCGCCGCCGCCGCGGCCGCCGCCGCCGCCGCCGCCGGGAUGUACUUCGGCCCCGCCGUGUCGCGCUACCCGAAGCCGCUGGCCGAGCUCCCCGGGCGGGCGCCCAUCUUCUGGCCCGGGGUCAUGCAGGGAUCCCCGUGGAGAGACCCGCGCGUGCCCUGUCCGUCUCAGUCGAGCUUGAUGAUGGACAAGGACGGCAAGAAGAAGCACUCCAGGCCCACUUUUUCAGGCCAGCAGAUUUUUGCACUGGAAAAAACCUUCGAGCAGACCAAAUACCUGGCGGGCCCGGAGAGAGCUCGCCUGGCCUACUCGUUAGGGAUGACCGAGAGCCAAGUCAAAGUGUGGUUCCAGAACAGGAGGACCAAGUGGAGGAAGAGGCACGCGGCGGAGAUGGCCUCGGCCAAGAAGAAGCACGACUCGGAGACGGAGAAGAUGAAGGAGAGCUCGGACAACGACGACGACGACGACUACAACAAGCCGCUCGACCCCAACUCGGACGACGAGAAGAUCACGAGACUGUUGAAAAAGCACAAGAGCAGCGCGGGCGGCAAUUUGGCUCUCAUCAGCCCCUGUAGUAACAGCUCGGACACCUUGUGAUGAGCCCCACCCCGGCCCCGCACGUAGAAUGGGGGGAGGGGGUCCGCAAGACACUCUUAUGGGCCCAUUUGCACCUGACAUUUGCGACACUGGAGAGGAGACGCCAAAGGACACAUCGGGGACAACUGCAGCGCUCCACCCAAAUAUGGAUGCGCGCAAUCUGGAUUGCGCUCCGCAGUGACAACGACGCUAACAUCAUUUGGACCAAUUCAC